UGAAAUUUGAUCAUUUUUUACUAUUUAUUUUUAGAGUGAUGACACCGCCUAAAAAUUUAGCUGAAAUGAUUUCAUUCGUUGAAGUACGAAAUAGAAUAGUUUUAGAGUACGAUAAUAAAGCUAAGGAAUUCAAACUCAUUUCUGAUAAUGUUAAAGUAUUAGAAAUUAAUAAUAUACAAAUAACAGAAGUAAUACAAAUUAAAUAUGGAAAAUUACUUCAAGUCUGGAGUACGUACAAGAAUACUCUCGAAGACGCUGAAAUAAUGUUAAAAAUAAAACAAAAUGAAUUCAUGAAAUUGUUAAAGGAAACACAAACUAAUUUAAAAUUAAAAGCUAAAAACCUACUACAAACAUUUUUAGAAACCGCACCAAUUUCUACAGAAUGGAAAUCAAAUGGUAAAUAGAGAACAAUACUUAUCAAUAGGUACUAUAUAGUUUUAAACAUUCAUAUAGAUUUAUUUUAAA